AUGGAGGUGGCUCUGGUGGACUUUGAGAGUCUGGACGACAUUGACAGCAGCCUAGAAGAUGAGCUGGACAACCCAGACAACCCUGACGAGACCACGACCCUGAUGGUCGACAUGCCCUCCGAACAAUGCUCCCACCACCUCCUUUCCCCUCAGUCCAACCUCACAUCCACCCCCCAGCACCACCACCCCUCCUCACUCUCCUCCCCUUGCCCAUCCCCCUCCCCCAAUACUCUGGGUGGGCCCCAGUCGCCCAUCAUGCCACCCCACAGCAGGAGGGGGCGCCCUAGCUGUGCCAGCAUGAUCACCAACUGGAAGCUGCUGCUGAGUAGCGAGACCCAGACGCAGAGCGAGACCAUCUUCAGCCGGCUGGCUAAGGAGUGCUGCGAGGAUGUGUUCGUGGACAAGACAGGGCUAGACGACGGAGACCAGAAGGUCAUCAUCAACAUCGCCGGGCUGCGCUUCGAGACGCAGCUCAAAACCCUCGACCAGUUCCCUGAGACCCUUCUGGGGGACCCUAUGAAGAGGAUGGACUACUUCGACCCCAUGAGGAACGAGUAUUUCUUUGACAGGAACCGGCCCAGCUUCGAUGGCAUCCUGUAUUACUACCAGUCAGGAGGGAAGAUCCGCCGGCCGGCCAACGUUCCGCUGGAUGUGUUUGCUGAUGAGAUCGUGUUCUAUGAGUUGGGGAGUGACGCCAUGGAGCAGUUCAGAGAGGACGAGGGCUUCAUCAAAGAAGUGGAGAUCCCUCUCCCGACCAAUGAGAUGUACCGCCAGUUCUGGCUGCUGUUCGAGUACCCCGAGAGUUCCAACGCGGCGCGUGGCGUGGCGCUGGUCUCCGUGUUCGUCAUCAUUAUCUCAAUCAUCAUCUUCUGCAUGGAGACGCUGCCGGAGUUCCGGGAUAACUCCCUGGACCCCGUCCUACCCACCACCGUCAUGCAGCUGAUGCCUUUCGAUGGGAACCAAUCGCUGGGCGGCCUCGGGUCCUUGUUCCCGCCCUCAGCCACGCCCAAAACCAUCAUCUCCACGUUCUCCGACCCUUUCUUCAUCAUCGAGACGGCCUGCAUCAUCUGGUUCUUCUUCGAGCUGGUUGUCCGCUUCGUGGUCUGCCCCUCCAAGAGCGAUUUCUUCCACAACCUCAUGAACAUCAUCGACAUCGUCUCCAUCAUCCCCUACUUCGUCACCUUGGUAACGGAGCUGGUCACCACCCCGGACCAGAACUCCAGCCAGAACAUGUCCCUGGCCAUCCUUCGUAUCAUCCGUCUGGUCAGGGUGUUCAGGAUCUUCAAGCUGUCCAGACACUCCAAGGGGCUCCAGAUCCUGGGCCAGACCCUGAAGGCCAGCAUGCGGGAGCUGGGCCUCCUCAUCUUCUUCCUCUUCAUCGGAGUCAUCCUCUUCUCCAGCGCCAUCUACUUUGCCGAAGUGGACGAGCCCAGCACACAGUUCGUCAGCAUCCCUGACGGCUUCUGGUGGGCCGUGGUCACCAUGACUACAGUGGGCUAUGGGGACAUGUGCCCGAUCACCAUGGGCGGUAAGAUGGUGGGGACGCUCUGCGCCAUCGCUGGCGUGUUGACCAUCGCCCUGCCCGUCCCUGUCAUCGUGUCCAACUUCAACUACUUCUACCACCGGGAGACGGAGGCAGAGGACAAGCAGCCGAUGGCAGAUGCAGCAGAGCUGGCCAUGAAGGCCUCAGGAGAGAGUAAACAUGGGAGUAGCACCUCUCUGAACAAGACCAAUGGAACCUGGCAGGGCGAGAAGUUCACUGGCCUCUGAGAUAUAUGGAGACUGGCCAGUCCACUGUAGAAGAGACAAUGUGUGACAGAGAGACACAGAUAGACUUACUUGUGCACUUCCUGGGGCAGAGAGAUAUAGACUUACCUGUCAACUGUCUGGGGCAGAGAGAUAUAGACUGACCUGUCCACUAUGGAAGAUAUAGAUUGAGACAGAGAAAGACAUCUGUGAGACACACAACUAAUCCUCUCCUGUCCACUGGGAGAAAGACAUAAAGUCACCCCUGUGGAAAGACACAGCUACACCGGCUCUUUACUGUCAGAUGGUAGGGACAUUUUUUUUUAAAUGACAGAAAGUGUUAGGUUUGAUAGAUCAAGCAUGGAGUCUGUGUUUUACUUGUCUUGACGAUGAUAUUUCUUUUUUUUUUAUAUUGUAUCAUAAACAACUCUUAACUCAGUGCAAAUAGUGACUGGUAACAACAUUAAGCACAUAGUAACUGGUAACAACCUUAAGCACAUAGUAACUGAUAACAACGUUAAACACAUAGUAACUGAUAACAACGUUAAACACAUAGUAACUGGUAACAACGUUAAACACAAAGUAACUGAUAACAACGUUAAACACAUAGUAACUGAUAACAACGCUAAACACAUAGUGACUGAUAACAACGUUAAACACAUAGUAACUGGUAACAACGUUAAACACAUAGUUGCCGGUAACAACGUUAAACACAUAGUGACUGAUAACAACCUUAAGCACAUAGUAACUGAUAACAACCUUAAGCACAUAGUAACUGAUAACAACGUUAAAUACAUAGUAACUGAUAACAACGUUAAACACAUAGUGACUGAUAACAACGUUAAACACAUAGUGACUGAUAACAACGUUAAACACAUAGUAACUGAUAACAACGUUAAACACAUAGUAACUGAUAACAACGUUAAACACAUAGUAACUGAUAACAACGUUAAAUACAUAGUAACUGAUAACAACGUUAAAUACAUAGUAACUGAUAACAACCUUAAAUACAUAGUGACUGAUAACAACGUUAAAUACAUAGUGACUGAUAACAACGUUAAACACAUAG